AUGUCCACCGACAUUAUCAUCGCGCAGCUAAUUGGAACUCUAGGUUGCGGUAUUGCAGCUGGUGGCAUUGGGACUCUAUCGCUCAUAUGCAUCCCAGGUCUUACCCUCCCAGCUCGAAGUUCUAGUCCAGGCCAUUCAAAUUCACUACCUGAAACUCCAAUCCCCCACCUGGCUCACCAAUGGCUAGAUAGUUACGAUCGUGGAAAUAAAAUCUUCCCCGGAAUCUGCACCAUCAGCUCAUUUGCAAAUGGCUAUCUUGCUUGGGCUUUGAAGGAUGUCCCGGCACCUGGUAUCAUAUGUGGUAGUUGGACUAGCCUCUAUAUUGCUGCUGUUGCGUUGAAUAUGGGCAUUGUUGUGUUCACAUUGUUGGUGAUGAAGGGAACCAAUGACCGGCUCCGGGAUAUUGCGGAGCGGAAUGAUGCUGCUAAGGACAAGGAGGUAGCUUUGAGUGAUCGGGAAAAGGCUCAGAGAGCUGAAGAGGAGAAGCAGGUACCUGUGUUACUGCAGAAGUGGACAGGGCUCAAUAUUUGCAGAGCUGCUUUCCCAUUUGCUGGUGCUGUUGUUAGCUUCUAUGGAUCUGUUUGGCUGAAAUAA